CUUGAUAUUGUUACGCUGCUUGUUCAAGGACGUGUUAGCUGCAACCAAAACGGGCGAGAUGAAUCUCAUCAACAUGGACGCGGAAAACCGCGUCGUCUUAAACGUCGGCGGCAUCCGCCAUGAGACGUACAAGGCGACGCUGAAGAAGAUCCCGGCGACGCGUCUCUCGCGGCUCACAGAGGCGCUCGCCAACUACGACCCCAUCCUCAACGAGUACUUCUUCGACAGGCCGGGGGUCUUCGCUCAAGUCCUCAACUACUACAG